UUGGCUUCUAGGCUUCUCCCACAAUGAAUGUCAUUGUAGCUAAAGACGAAGAUGAGGGGACUAACGCGGAGCUAUAUAACGCUCUGUCACGAGGAGAAGAUAUGAAGGUAUUUGAGAUAUGCCGUGGCUUAACAAACGGCCCAUUUCAUACUCUAACCAUACAUAAUGACACAAUUUUUCAUAUGGCGAGUUUCAAUAAGCGUAACAACCUUGUUGUCGCCCUACUACGUUCCUUACAUGAAAGCCAAUUCGAAAAACUCACAUGGAUAAAUAGUAGUGGAAACACCAUACUUCACGAAACAACCACCAACAAUGGGACUGUGGAGGCAGCUAGGGAGAUGUUGUGCAGGGCUCCUUCUUUACUCAUGAUGACCAACAAGUUGGGAGAGACCCCUCUCUUCCAUGCAGCCCGCCAUGGAAAGACCAAAAUUUUCAAAUUCCUCAGUGAUGAAGUGGAAAAGGCAGUUCAAAAAGGAGCAGAUUUAGAGAUGUUUCUUCUAAGAAAUGAUAAAUCUACCAUACUACAUGUAGCCAUCCUCAGCCAGAACUUUGAUCUGGCCGUUUUUAUAACUCGAAGAUAUCCAAGAUUGGUUGCGGUGAAAGAUGGAGAUGGGUUGACGGGUCUUCAACUUCUAGCAUGUAAUCCUUCCGCAUUUGAUAAUGGAGUUGGACACAGUUUCUUGAAGAGGCAAAUAUACAAGUACAUUGAUUGUAGUCCAGAGAAACGCAGUAGGGUGCCAAUGUUUGAAGAAAUUCAAAAGAGAAAGCAACGAUGUGAAUCAGCAAAGGACCUUGCAAGGAUACUGGUUGAAAAAGACAAGUCUUGGAAAGCAACGAAAUCCAGAUUAGACAAGAGUAGAGCUAAAUUCCACAAAUACGAAGGGAGGGCUAGUGCAUUGGAAAAAAGAGACGUUGCAUCUGCCCCCGACACUCCAUUGUUGUUGGCAACAAAAAGUGGUUGUACUGAGAUUGUUAAGGAAAUACUAAAGGUCUACCCUCAGGCGGUAGAGCACAUUGAUGGGGACGGUCGCAACAUUCUACAUGUUGCUAUUAAAUACCGUAGAUUGGAGAUCAUUGAUACUGUAAUCAAUAUGGCACAUUCUAUCAGGAGACUAAGAGGAAAGAUAGACAAAAAAGGAUACUCGCUACUGCACAUGUUUAGUGUACAAGCUAAAGAUAGCAAACCUGAAGACGACAUCAGGAACCCAGCUUUAAUAUUGAGAGAUGAUUUGAUUUUGUUUGAGAGAAUAAGUAAAGUAUGCACAACGUCAGCCAGACUGCAACUAAAUUUUAAUGAGGAGACUGCUGAACAAAUGCUUCUUGAGAAAACUACACAGCUACGGGUUGAUGCCAAAGAAUGGAUGAAGAACACAGCUGAGAAUUGCUCCAUUGUUGCUGUUCUUAUAGCCACUGUUGCCUUUGCCGCAGCAUACACUGUCCCUGGAGGUCCAAAUCAAGAAACGGGAUAUCCACUUCUAAAAAACAAACCAUUUUUUAUUGUCUUUGCUCUAGCCGAUGCGCUUUCCCUCACAUUCUCUUUGACAUCCGUUAUCGUAUUCCUUUCAAUCCUCACAUCUUCAUUUCGUUUAAAUGACUUUCGUUACUCUCUUCAUAAUAAGCUACUGCUAGGCCUCACUGUGUUGAUACUCUCUGUCUCAAUGAUGAUGGUAGCAUUUGCAGCCACUCUUAUACUAACCAUUAGCAGCGGCCAGAAUUGGACAAAUGUUUUCUUAUACAUAAUAUCAUUCUUCCCGGUUACUGUAUAUGGAUAUUCCUAUAUACAUCUUUACAAACUACUCAUCAACGCGUUUUGCGAAAAAAUGUGGAUGCUUAAAGAAGCCAUAUUUCCUCCUUGUGUUAAUGUUGCACCACCUCAAGCAGAUUUCACAAGAUUGCCCACCGCUAGUUCAAUCCCGUAAUUCAGUACCACUAUUUCUUGUAUGAAAAGCUCUUAAAACUAUACAUUGUUGUAUGUACUUAAAUUUACUAGUUUAUCUAUGGAGGAAGAAACUGGAAUACGAUUGCAUUUUAUUAAUUUGUA